GACUAUUUUUUUUUAUAGAUAAAUUAAUUUUUUAUUAAAUAAAUUUUUUUGUUUUCAGGUAAUACACCGAAAGGAAUCCACACCAAACAAGUUUCCACAAAACUUGUGCGGGCUUUAGCUAAAAAAGGUUUUGCUAUUCUUGUCAAUCAUGGCGUUUCUCUCAGAAAGACAAAAGACAUGUAUCAAGCUUUGGAUGACUUUUGUGGAUUACCUCAACAAUCUCGUGCCAAAUGUGAAUGUGUUGCACCUUCACACAGUGGAUACAUCAAAACAGAAGAGGGACCAUCAUUGAGAGAAACGGAAUCCAGACACGAGUUCAUUGUAUCCGGGAAAAACACUGUUCUGCCAGAUGAAGAUCUCCCGACGUUCCGGAACUCGGUGGAUAAUCUCGUGGACGACUUCAAAGUACUUACAACAAGGCUUCUCGUCGCUAUUGCUGUUGGAUUGGGGCAACCAUCAGAUUAUUUUCUGAAGAAUCAUACCAAUCUUCUUAAUUCUGGCAAUGAUUCAUCAUUCCGAAUGAUUUGCUACUCACCCACAUAUUCAAUGAAGGGUGGUGAAAUGCGCUUUGGACCAAGCUCUGAAACUGGCACAUUUUCAUUUUUCAUUUCAGAUUGCGAGAGUGGGUUUGAAGUUAAGUCGAUCUACAGUGAUCGUUGGUCACGAGUAGGAUACUUUCCAGGAGGGAUUCUGGUUUGUGCUGGUGAUGCUUUAGCCAGAUGGACCAAUCAGCAGAUGGUGUCAUUAAAACAUCGUGUGGUUGUACCAGAACACUGUCCCCGUAGUCGUCACACACUUGGAUUUUGUGUUGAGCCUGAUGAGAAUGUUGAAUUUGAAGCAUUGGACACAUCAAUCUUAAAUCCACCUCAAGAACCGGUGCUAUGUCGUCUUCAGAAAAAAAAACGUGGCGUACUAUCGGCGUAUCAUCAUCUUCAACGUCGAUUUCGUGAAGCUUAUGCUUCCUAA